CUCUUCACUCCAAGCAGCUGCUUGAUCCUGCUUAGCUGAUUCCUCGCUGCUGUUCUAUGCACGGCUUGCCUUCCAGCCCCACGGCCAUGUGCUACGCUUGCGAGUCCAGACUGACCCGAACUUUCACCAUGCCCGAAGGCCCCAAAAGAAGGGAGCCCACGGGGCCCCAAUACUUCACUUUCGACCCCAUCCCAGAGGUCGAGGUGAGCCCUGCUGCACCCAGGAAGGGCUCCAAGACCCUCAGGAGCAAAAAGAGAUCCAGGAGAGUGCUUUACCCACCAGUGGCAAAGCGCUACUACCCCACGGAAGAGCCCAACUAUGCCAAGCGCCUUCUUUUCAUCCUCCUCACUGUCGUCCUUUUCCAAAUCUACAGUGCCGAAGAGGAGCUUCCGGCCACCUUUGUUUCCCUGAGCACUGAAGAAAACGUCUCUCGUUGCUCCGUGGAGUCGAGGGAGUCUCGUGGGGAACCCCUCCAUUUGCAGGAGCCUGAGCUCCCAGCACCCUCCACGGAAACGGAAACCCAUGGAGACGUGGUAGUCAAUGCAACCAGCUGGCAUUGGGUGAAGAACGAGACAUCCGAAUCCACGGUUGACAUCACCCAGCUUUUGGAGCAGAGCCAGGCUGCUUUCUGAUGAACUAAGAGAGAGACUUGACUGGAUUGCGACGUCUUAGAAGCAGGAGCUUGGCUUUGGAGGAAAAAAAGCGGCUUUCUUCUAAGCAGAAUGCAAACCGCAGAAGGGUUAAUGCUGUUGGGAAGUGAUCCAGCUCUUUCCGGCACUCUGCAAUGACAGCAAAGUGAACUCGGCCAGACCCGUGAACUGACGUCAAUGAAAAUUAUACUUGACUUGAACUGACACUGGGUGGGGAGGUUGCCCAUUUCUGUAUUCAGCCAGAUAUCUGGCGAGCGGAAGAAAAGAAGAAGACAUUAACUUAAUAUUUAUUUAUUUAAUAAUAAUAAUAAUAAUAAUAAUAAUAAUAAUAUGUAAUUUCAACUGAUGUAUUUAAAGUUUUGCCAAACUAAAUGUUGACAAGGAAAAAUCUCGGCUCACACAAGGGUCGCUUGGACUGUUUUGCUCUACUGCAGUAUUUUAUAAAACUCUCUUCCUCCAGGUGUUUUGGACUUCGGGUCCCAGAAAUCCCAGCCAAAUUGUGGGAGUUGAAGUCCAAAACAUCUGGAGGAGCGCAGUUUGAGAAACUCCGCUCUAGUGAGAGUGUUAUAGUGUGGCUUUUUGGGAAAGUAGUUAAAAUCUUACAUGGAAAAGGUGAUGAUUUGUAGAUUUAUAGUCUGUAUUUAUGACACUGGGUAAUGUUUAGUGGAUAUUGAACUAUGGAGGGGAAGCCACUGAAAGGAUGGUACCGCGAUGCUCUGAAGUGACUUGCUUUCAAACUCAUUUGUAUGACAGGGAUCCAAAGUAAAUCAACGCUGACAAAUAAUAUUGUAUGUGCAUUAGUAUUGUUUUUUUCCUGUUCUUGAGUAUUAGCCAGCAAUGUUUAUUGUUAGAGCAUUUUGCUUACUAUGUAAGCAUUGGACAUCUCUCUUUCUGGAAAAAGAAGAAAAAGAAAAAGCACUAAGAACAUCCAGACGGGCAUUUCGGAAACAGAAGUAAAUUUAUUUUGCGAAUUGCACUUUACAUGUCUACAUGAAUUGUCUAAGGUCUGUAUGUUCCAUGAACAAAUGAAUAAAGAUGUGAUAUUA